AUGGUUUCCUUUAAUGUUAUUGCCUGCGGUGGUGGUUUAGGUGGUCUUGCUGCUGCCAUUGGUUUGAAGAGAAAGGGUCACAAAGUCACAGUCCUCGAAGCAUCUACUGCUCUUAAUGAAGUUGGUGCUGGUAUUCAAAUGCCACCAAACUCUGUUAAGAUUCUAAAAGAAUAUGGUAUCUUCGACAGGUUUGAAAAAUAUGUUACAAUACCAAAGAACAUUAUCUUAAGAAGAUAUGAUACUGGUGUUCCAUUAUUAACCACUCCGUUAGAUCCAGAUAUGACUAAUGCUUACGGUAACCCGUACUUAUUAAUUCACCGUGCCGAUUACCAAAGAUUAUUAUUUGAAGCCGCCCUUGAACCAGAUAUUGAAUACAAAACUGGUUGCAGAAUUCAAGAAGUUGAUCAAAAAACCGGUACUGUUAUUUUAGAAACCGGUGAAAAAUACUCUGCUGAUUUAGUUGUAGGUGCCGAUGGUAUCAAGUCUAGAGUUAGAGAUACUGCUGUUGUUCCAGAAGAAACUGUUCACCCAACUCCAUCUUCCAACUGUGCUUUCAGAGCUACUGUUCCAAAAGCAGAAAUGUUAUCUGAUCCAGCUAUUGCUCACUUUAUGACUGAUGUUAACUCCAACUGUUGGAUCGGUUACAGAAGACACGUUAUGGCUUACCCUAUCAGAAAUGGUGAAAUGUAUAACAUUGUUAUGUCCCAUCCGGGCCAAGCUUCUGUUGAUAAAUGGAACGAACCAGGUAACGUUGAAGAAAUGAAAAACCAUUACAAGAACUUUGACCCAGUUGUUUGUCAAUUAUUAACCCAUGUAAAGACCGUCUUGAAAUGGGUUUUGGCUGAUUUACCAAAAUUACCAAGAUGGGUUUCUCAAAGUGGCAAGGUUGCUUUAAUUGGUGAUGCUGCUCACGCUAUGUUACCAUACUUAGCCCAAGGAGCAGCUCAAGCUAUUGAAGAUGGUGCUACUUUAGCUGAAGAAUUAGAACACUGUGUUUCCACUGACGAUAUCCCAAGAGCUCUCCAACAAUACCAAAAGAAGAGAAAGAGAAGAGCCGAAACUAUUCAAGCUGGUGCUAGUAAGAAUGGUGGUGUCUGGCACUUACCAGAUGGUGAUGAACAAGAAGAAAGAGAUGCUUUGAUGAAGGCUGGGGACGGACACAACCCAGAUCAGUGGUCUGACAGAGAGUUCCAACAAUGGUUAUUCGGCUGGAAAGCUUUCACUAACACUUUUGAGUUUAAGUUAUAA